ACAAAACAAAACAAAACAAAGGUAAAAUAGCCACUGUUUUAUGUAACCUGUUAAAAUCGGAAUCUUAAAAAAAAUAAUUAUUAUUGUCUGUACGAGUCGGGAAAGGUUUCAGCCUAACUCAAAGGUCUUUUAUCAUGGUGUCCUUUUAACAGUGUAUGACCGCUGUGUUCUCGCUCUCAGUAAGUCGUUUGCUGCAGUCCAAACACCUCCACACUGUUCAUUUAAACCUGCCGAUAGACUGUCACACUUUCUGCCAUGUAUUUGACUCUCAUUCAACAGAACUAAAGCAGUGAAGCUCAUGAAUUGGUCAGUAACAGUAUCUGAGGAGCCUUUAACGGUAAUCUCUCCCCAUAAUCAGAUGAGCUGUACUUAGACAAUCCUUCUCACACUGCUGCGUCUUACUCAACUACAGCAUCGAAAGAUGGUUCAAGUAGUUAAACUCGUUAUUUUAACGCUGAUUUUAUCCUUUGCGUCAGCUUCAUGCUUCUCCUAUCAUCCAGCAAGGAUGGGAAACUUCAUGUCCACUAGUGCUGGAAGGUUUUCAAACCAGACAUAUAUACAGUUUAUACAGGAUGUGGUGUCUCAUAACUGCGUCGUUAUAUUCUCCAAGACAACGUGUCCUUAUUGCAAGAUGGCCAAGAAUGUCUUUAAUCAAAUAGGAGCUACCUAUAAGGUGAUUGAACUGGAUGAACAUCAUAACGGCCAACAGCUUCAAGAGGCUUUAGCACAAAUGUCCGGUGCCAGAACGGUCCCAAGAGUCUUUGUCAAUGGACAGUGCAUUGGAGGAGGCUCUGAUACGCGACAGCUUCAUGAACAGGGCAAACUGUUGCCACUCAUUGAGAAGUGUAACCCAUGCUGCCUGAAUAAUGCUGCAGAAGGAUCAGGGAGUGGGCAAUAUACUUCAUGACUGUUGCUUAAUCUAUGCACUAUUACCAUCCUCCUGCAGUCCAGAUGAAUUAAAUCAGCGAAUACUGAGAUAAAGAACUAAUAACUGCUAUCCGGCAUAAGUGGUGUAUUUUGGUCUUUUUUGUUGUUGUUGUUGUUAAAAAAAUGUUCCUACCUCAGUACUGUUCAUUCGUGUAUAGUUUUUAAAAUAAAGUAAUAGUGCAAUAAAAUGAAUUUUCCUUUUGACAGACAUGUGGAAAUAUACGGUAUGAACUCUCUGAAGAUGAUAAAAUAUUGCUACAUACAAACACUCAAUAGUUACAGUUCAUCUUUAUGUCUGUUGUAUGGGUUCUUGUUUAAUUGCGUACACUUCUGUGUCUGUUAGGGAUGUUUAGUGGGUGUGGUUUAAACAAAUUUUGUUAACUUGAUGUCAAGAUGCUCAAUUGCAAUGGGAUUUUUGUUAUCCAAAAAAGAUGUUGCAAUGGCAAGGUAAUCAGUUAGGAAGGCAAGUGUGGCAACAUUCUGCUGUACCUCCUACAGUGUGGCACAAAGUUAACGUGCAUGUUUGUUGAUGCAGCAUAAUGAAAUCAUUAGUGAUUCUUUGUCAUAAUGUAAACUGGCUUAUGUACGAAGCUUUUUCAUAAUCCUUCAUUAAUUUCUUCAUCAGAUUCUAUAAUCCUAGUUAUAACAUCUGAUUCCUGAUAAACUAAACACACUUCGCUCUGAACUCAGUGACGUGGAGUGAACCAGAAUCUAGCCCAUUUAACUACACAUAACUACUCAUUUUAAUGGUACAACAUACUAAGACAUUCUAUACAAUUGUGUGUUUCCAACUUUGUGGCAAGUUUUGGGAAGGAAUAUAUGUAGGUGUGAUGGUCAGGUGUGCACAAACUUUUGGCCAUAUAGUGUAUGUUACUGACAUCAUAAAAUGCUCAAAUGUUACAGGUGUUCUAAAUGGUAAAUCUGGUGGUAUUGCCAAAGUGUAGGCAUGCAGAGUCUUCAAAUAAAAAACAUAAGCCAGAGUUCAUUCCAAGACAGAAGAAAAGCUUGCAGCAACAGAGAAUUUAUUCUGCAAAGAGGUUCUAGAAAAGUAGUAACAGAGAAAAGACAAAGAGAAGAGAGCAGAGCAGUCGUUCCUGUGUGAUUACAUGUUAUUAUAAUACGACCAAACAGAGCAAAAUCAUUGGCUAAGAUACAUUAACAUAUUGUUCAUCAUUAAAGGAUUGGUACAGC